AUGUUUUCCAUCGAACAGGCCAGCGCCUUGUCCCAGAUUGAUACAGAACUUGACGAGUUAGUUGCAAGUGGUGUUAGUCUCCCUCCAGCAUGGACCUUAGACUCUGAUGUUUCCUCGCUUCGAGAUACUCUUAAGCGGGCUAGGAGAGCUCGAGGCAAAAGCCCCGGCCUACUCUCGCUGCCAUUCAUCGAGCAAGAUCGCCAGAUCAAGGUCCGAGACGGGACCUCAAUAGCAAUCAGGGUGACUUCACCGCACGGUCCGAGGGCCAAGAAGCCUGGGCUCCUCAUGAUACACGGGGGUGGACACAUAGUGGGCGAUCUUGAUGCUGGAUCAAUGGUCAGUCACACAUUCGCCAGACUCGGCGGUGUUGCAGUGACAAUUGACUACCGCCUUGCCCCCGAACAUCCGUUUCCAACUGGAAUCCAUGAUAGCUUCGAUGCCUUGGUUUGGAUGACACAAAAUCUCGCAGACCUUGACGUCGAUCCACGGUUGGGGUUUCUAAUUGCAGGUGAGAGCUCCGGGUCUGAUAUCGCUCUCACUGUUGCGCACCUGUGGUCCGAGCAAGAAUCCUUGCCACCUUUGACCGGUAUUUACGCCUCUGUCAAUUCUGGCAUUAGUCGCGACACGGUGCCCGAUCGAUACAGAGAUCACUUCUUCAGCCUAGACCAGAAUGCUGAAGCCCCAGGCUUUACUAUUGAAAGCCUCGAGUUCAUCAGGAAGAACUACAAGCCUGAAACAAAAAGCCCUUUGGCGUACCCGGUCGCAUUCUCAAAUCAUUCCGCGUUGCCCAAAACGUACUUUCAGGCAUGUGGAUUAGAUCCACUUCGAGAUUGUACGUUGGUCAUGGAACAAGUCUGGAAAGACGCUGGUGUACCAACAAGGCUGGAUAUCUACCCUGGGCUAUUUCAUGUGUUCUGGGUUUUUGAUCUUCCCAUAUCUGCGACAACGAAGUUCAAGAGAGACGUUGAGGAUGGAAUAAAGUGGCUUCUCGAAUAG